AAGAAGUCUGUAGGAAAAGCAAUCUUGAUAGAAUCUCCUUCUUGCAUACCUACAUAUCGAACUUUUCUAUGUCACCACAAUUCGGACACGAUGGAUAAUACUGCGAGAACCAAGCGCUGCGGACUUUGCGGCCUGCCCGUGGAAGAACCAGACCCAGUUCACGACGGAUGUGAGCAGAUGGACAUAAAUCGCGGCUCAGGCGCGUUGCAACGAGUCUUGCUCUUUGGCUUCGAGCCACCAAAAAUGAAGCAAGAGCACGCUAGAAUCACGAGAUGGGCAGAGGCAAUGAUUGCUGACGGACUGUCGCUUUGUUUCGCUCAGGGCGAAACAAAGGCUGAACAGGAACUCAGCAGGACGUCAGAAGUCCUGCGAAGCAUUGGCCGAUAUUUGGUCUCACACUACAUAGUGAGGGAGAACGAGUCCAUGCUUCGUAGGGCUUCCCGUAUUACUUUUGUUCUGAGGGGCCAAGUUAAGGUCACCUUCUCUUUGUUUCAAGGACGGAAGUACGUUGCGUCUGUGUCGAACGGUCAGGAACAGAAGCCAGGCAACUCAUCCGGGCUGUUUGCACUUGAUCCGGGAGAAACGGCGCAUGUCGUCCACAUUGCCGAAAACCAUCUCGGUGUCGUUAGCCUGGUAGUUGCUGACUUAGACCAUGCCUUUCAAGCUGAACAAGUUGCUGGAGUAUGGUGGAGAGCCAUCUACAUCCCAUGUGGAAGAUGCUUGAUCAUGGCAACUAACGAUGGGAUCAAACUUCGGAGCCUGUCUCCAGUAAGCCCUUGCGCUUUCUGCACGGCAUCGUGGGGACCUCGUUAUCAUCAGAUCGCAUGGCCCUUCCCAACCCACCACAUAGCGAUCCGUUGGGUGGGAGAACCACGCUCGUAUCCGGCGCGAAUGGCACCUGUCAUCUUGAAAGAGUCAUCUAUCGGUAUAUCGACUUAUUGGGAACACACAACCAUGGCAAUUCACAGUCAUGAUAUUGACGAGAAGUCCCUGGCCCUUUACUCUCGGACAGGUGGCGAUGCAGCUUGGAUUCACACCCCCUUCGACGACAACGAGGCAAUUACCGAGAUCUGGUGGGGAAGCAUUGGCGGCAAUGGUGAUGCGAUGGGUCUUCGGACCAGCAAAGGCCGAGAGGUCUUCCUAGGCUUCGUGGGUGCAAUCCCAGACCUUGACUGGGAACUAGCAUCUACACCAGCGAUGGAUAACUACCGAAUUUACUACGACUCCAUGUCAUCUAUGGGUAUUGGUGGCUUAGCUUUCGAGGACCCCAGUCCCGUUGCUCAAGGCUUUCAGCCCUUCGACCCUACCACCAUUGUACCACCAAUGCCGGACUUUCGGUAUUGUGUCGAGCCCUUCUUCUUUUCGUCCGCCAACCUACACAAUCUCUCCAAAAUCAAAGUCUGCCAAAUUCCAGACAAACGUGGGAUCUCUGGUCUCCUUCUCACGUACAAAAACGGCCACAAGGAGGCUCUUGGUGAAGUACGACUGAACUGCCUUGAACCUCCCAUCGACGUCGGCAAACAGGACCGGGUCUGGUUACGCUUUGAGUAUGAUCCCACAGGAAUCAUAGAUGAGCAUCCUCGCUUUGUCGAGAUCUCCUUCUCCCCCAUUAAACCUAUUAUGCGCGAUGGAACAAAUCCUGCAGUUAUCGGCAUCAACUGUCUCGAAGUUCUCUUUACAGAUAAAUUGCACUGGUGGUGGUCAUCCCUCCAGUGUCAGGUUUUCUACGACGGCCAGGGCAGCUUACAACCACGAGAUGCCGAGAAAUGGCUCCUAUUCGACGACUAAAUAGUCAAGUCCCUCCACUAUCAGGAACUGUCAAAAUCGACAGAUAUAUCCCAACAAUACACUCAUACCUAUCAAGGCAAGUGGACUAGCAUAUAAUACUUCUACCUACUUUUUCACCCCAAACUCGCCCGCCCAAUCGCUAUUUGGAGUCUUCCGCCCACUACUAUCAAUUCAUGAAGACAGCUGUCUCUACACACACCACACAGCCCCUCUUUCUACCUCCAGUUGUACUACAGGAAUCCAAACCCCCAUGUCGACGUUACUUAGACAUCCCCAGACCGGGCUUGGAACUAUUUUACUACAAAACACGCUACUUACAAACCUGAUACUAUCGUAGCGCUGCAAGACGAUCCCAAAGGGGACUCACUAUAGACAGAACAGGCAGUCAAUUCGGUUGGUUAUCGCCAGAAUUUGGAGAGACCAGUACUACAGUAGUUGCACACUCUUCCAUCGAGUGGAAGGAAGAUAGACGCAGUAUAAUCCUGUCUUAGACCGAGAGUAGCCCAACUGAGAUGAUUCGUUACUACCAGCC